CAUGACAGUUCAUCACACUUUGAUCUGCUUUUUCUUCCUCACAGUGCUGCAGGAUGGAAACAUUGGUCUCAUCAAUGCACAAAUCCCCAUUUUUAGAGCAACUGAAGGACAAAGUAUCACAGUUCAAUGUGACUUUACCGUGACUGGAGGCAAGAAGUACUUCUGUAAGGACGAAUGUGAAGAGAAAAUUCUUGAAAUGUAUGGUGUCAGUGCUCAAAGAGACAGAUACAGCAUGAGAUAUAAAACCAGACGUGGAAGAAGUCGUCUGGAUGUGACCAUCACACAUCUGACCAAAUCUGACUCUGGACGUUAUGGCUGUGGUUUGGACAGAUUUAUCUUUACAGAUCCAUACCAGCAGUUUGAGAUCGUCGUCACAGAUGCUCCGUCCACUUCAAAACCAAAGUUGACUUUCAGACCUUUUUCAACAUCUUUCCCAUCAGCUUCGACAACAACAACAACAACAACAACAACAACAACACAGAGUUUCAGAACAACAACAUCUUCUGCUCAAACCACCGACCAGUCUGAACAGGAACAAACAGCUGGAGGUUCAGGUGUGCUGCUGUACGUGGGUCUGACUCUGGUCGUUAUCGUGCUCCUGUUCUCAGUGGCUCUGCUGAUAUUCUGCAAGAAAAUAUCAUCUAAACCCAAAAAACAUCCUGAGGAAACAGAGUAUGCCAAUUUCACAGAGACCAGCCAAGUGCACGAGGAGAUCAGAGAGGGCGACGGACAGAGCAGAUCUCCUCCUGUGGAAAACUCAGUCCAAACCUCAGUUGUCUACAGCGUUGUCACUGCUGCAGCAUCCCGUCCUCUGAGCAAAACUGAAGACGACUCCAGCGAUGUCGUCUACACUCAAGUAGAUUUUUCAAACAGACCUGCCGCCUCACGCAGCAGCGCCCCCAGUGGUCAGGCCGAUAAUGUUAUCUACUCUGCACCUCGGUAACGCGCUGAU